AUGCCUUCGAAACCAGAGAUUUCCCAACCUGAUUCGAUACGGGGCGAUGUGACGUUGGACCCUUUCCAAUUGGAUUCCUUGCGCCCUUUGUUGGAGGAACAUGAGCUCCAGAUCAAGGCUCAUUUCGAUGAGAAGAUGGAGCAGCUUUCGAGGAUGCUGAGCCACAGCUUUGGCAUCCUGGUGGGGUCGGGCGGACGCGCACGUCCGGACUUCGACCACGACCUCCCGGUGCACCGCGUCGCGUCGUCGGGGCCGUCGGGCCGGCGCACGUCCACCGGUGGCGCCCUGAGCGUCUCGUUGGGACCCGAAGCCGAGCUUGGGCUGAAGGCAGGCGUGGCACCUCAUUUGGUUCAACUCAUCGAGAGAGUAAAGGCCAGUCAUGAGGUCAAAGCUCCCAUUUUCUCCAGCACUCGGUCUUUGUCGAGAAGGAAUGCCGUAGAGUUGUGCCGUUCCUUUAUGGGACUUUAUGAGUAUUUGGUGGAUUUCAUGGUGCUGGUCUAUGCACUUUGCUUAGGUGCUGAGAUCCACUACACGAGUCUCAAUCGAUCCGAGCCAGCGUGGGUUCGGCCGAUGGAAAUUGGCUUUUGCGUCAUGUUCGGUGUGGAUUUGCUGAUUCGGUUUUGCCUUGAAGGACGACUCUUCUUCAUGGGAAGCCGACGUUGGUGGAAUUUGCUGGAUACGCUCUCCCUCACGAUGCUCAUCGUGGCCUUGCUCGAAGGUUCACGGACCUUGGGGAACUUAUCAGCCUUCGUUCGGGUGGGACGAAUCCUUCGACUGGCACGUUGCUUGUGGACCUUUAAGAAUGCCUUGGCCAAGUGGACUCAUCUUAGACAGCUCCGUGUGCUGAUCACCUCCAUGACAGAAAGUACCAAAAUCAUGAUUUGGCUGGUCUUGCUGGUGCUCAGCUUCAACUAUGUCUAUGGCUUAGUCCUCACUGAAAGCAUCUGGACAAGCUGCCCCAACGUUCACACGCCCGUGUUGUGCGAGAAAUUUGGCAGCUUGCUCUCAACAAUGAUGACUUUGUACCAAAUUCAGUACAGUGGAUUGCUUUGGGGUACUCUUUGGGAUGAGGUUGCUGCGUUGGACUGGUACUUUCCUGCUGCGUUUCUGUCAUACAUUGUUUUUGCCUUGAUGAUCUUGGUGAACACCAUCACCAGCUUCAUUUGCAGCCUUCAAGGCACUGUGAGCAAGAGAGAGCGAGAUCUUUUGAUCGACAAUGAGAUGGAGUACAAUGAACGCCUGGUUCGGCAACUCUACACCAUCUUCCAAGACUUUGACCAAAAUGGCAAUGGUGCAAUCUCUUGGGCCGAAUUCCAAUUGGCUUUGGAAGACGAGCGCAUGCAUGCCUUCCUGGCUGCCUUGGAAUUGGACAUGUCUGAUGCCGUGAAGGUGUUUCAAAUCCUGGCAUCUGACAAGACUGGGGCGAUAGAAGAGUCCGAUUUUCUCUUGGGCUGCUUGCGGCUCCGGGGAGGAGCCACGGCUGUAGAUAUGGUCCGAAUACAGAUGGAGCAAGAAUGGAUUCACAGCGCCCUGUUGCAGAUGAAAGGCUUGAUGCAAAAAACCGCCAAAGAUCUCGCUGCGGUGCAGUUCACUUUGGCAGCUCAGGAGAGUGUGCGGCCGACCAGUCAUUUCUCGCGGCAGAAGACGUCUGUGGUUGCUGAUGGAGCUCGUGAUGGAGAUGACACUGCAUCUGACAGCUCUGUGGAAGUGCUUCACCACUACCAACGGACCAACUUGAAGACCUUCGAGCGAGCUGUUACCGUUGAAGAGCUCUCGGGCAUUUUGGAUGAAUUACCUCAGGUGUGUCACGGAUGGAAAGACGCUCACACAGGAGAUGUGAUCUCUGAGAAAAAACUGAACCUUUACCAGUUCAACUAUCAUUACAUCAUGCCCAAGACCGCUCCACAAGAGGGUGUUUUGUUGCAAUGGCCGGCUUCCUGCGCGAAGGGGUUGAAAGCCUUACCGAAAGCCGGGCAAGAGGUUUGCCAACGAUGUAGUGGAAUGGCACUUCCCAAGGCCAGAGCAACAGUUCUACGUGCCCAACUGGAAGUGGAGGAUGAUGUUGAGAAAUUGAACGUUUGGGUUUGCCUUCUCCGAGGACAUUUUGUGAAUAUGUCUUCUGAAGUUCUCUUCGAUGAGGAAGAUGAACUGCCAGCGAGCGACAUGAGCGUGAUAGCUCGAAAUUCCAUCAGCUACAAAGAAUUGUUGUCAUCCGAAGCAUGUUUGCCUGUGUGGUACUGCACUCAUUGGUGGGGAGAGCCACUUCAUUCUUUUAUAUUAUGCUGUCAGGAACAUGCAAUCUUGCGACGCCUUGGAAGCUCUGCUUCGUACUGGGUCUGCGGUUAUGCAAAUCGCCAGCAUGAACUAGACUUGGAAAUCGCUUAG